AGAAAUCAAUGGUGCAUUGUGGGAUGCAAAAUGUCUCAAUCGUGUUGUCAGCAGAGUAGCCAGCCAGUUAUCUCUUACAGCCAUACAGUUACAUUGACAAAUAAGUACAAUCGAUAAAGUAUUGCUAAUAAUUGUGUAGAGAAUAUCACUUUGAUAAACAGCAACUUUUUAUUGCAUUCGCCUCUUUUUGUCGAGACAACAGCCACCAUGUCCAGCAAAGUAGACAACGUGAAAAGUGAGUCCAGUAUAAGAAGUUAUGAAAGAAAAAGUACUACUACUGAGUCUGCCACAAGAGGAAAUGACAGAAGAAGUACUGAGUCUGCCACAAGAGGAAAUGACAGAAGAAGUACUGAGUCUGCCACAAGAGGAAAUGACAGAAGAAGUACUGAGUCUGCCACAAGAGGAAAUGACAGAAGUACUGAGUCUGCCACAAGAGGAAAUGACAGAAGAAGUACUGAGUCUGCCACAAGAGGAAAUUACAGAAGUACUGAGUCUGCCACAAGAGGAAAUGACAGAAGAAGUACUGAGUCUGCCACAAGAGGAAAUGACAGAAGAAGUACUGAGUCUGCCACAAGAGGAAAUGACAGAAGAAGUACUGAGUCUGCCACAAGAGGAAAUGACAGAAGAAGUACUGAGUCUGCCACAAGAGGAAAUGACAGAAGAAGUACUGAGUCUGCCACAAGAGGAAAUGACAGAAGUACUGAGUCUGCCACAAGAGGAAAUGACAGAAGAAGUACUGAGUCUGCCACAAGAGGAAAUGACAGAAGAUCUACAAGCACAGGGAAAGAAAAAAGGAAAACGAAACGGAGCCGCAGUAGAUCAUCUUCCUCAUCCAGCUCAUCAUCGUCAUCCUCCUCAUCCUCAUCCCGCUCUUCAUCCCGCAGUAGGAGUAGUUCCAGCAGCAGUGAUUCCCGCAGCAAAUCCAGAAGGAAUUCUAUGAAAAGGAAAAAGGAAAAACAACACAAGAAAGGGAAAAAGGAGAAGAAGCACAAACGAAAGAAGGACAAGAAAAUGACACCAGAGGAGGAAAGCGCUGGACCUGGACCUAUUCAGAUCUCCAAGUAUUUAAAGGAGAGGAGGAGAAAAAGCAAGUACAGCAUAAUCACAGGAAAGAAGAUCAAAAUGAAAUUGAAGAAGUCAAAGAAAGACAAGCUGAGGGACAAGAAUCGCGCCGAACUGCUCGAGUUCCUCAACUCCACGUUGUAAUGCAAAGGCCGUCAUCGUUGGUUAUGUUCCAGAACCUUCCAAUUUUUGUCCAGAAGAGAACUCAGGGAAAGACGACCCUUUUGAUAAAGCUCUGAACUAACAUCCAUUUACAGGGUUAUUAUUAUCACUGCAAGAGAUGUGGGACAUGGCCUGUUAUCUCAAAAUGACAGAAUGUGCCAUGUCUCUCUUUUAGAAAAAGCGUGCUGUCACUCCUGUGGUUGUCGGCCCCUUCAGACCAGUGGAGGCUGCUGAAGGGAGAACGGCUCAUAAUAAUGGCUGGAACGGAGCCAAUGGAAUGGCAUCAAACCAUGUGUAUUUGAUGCCAUUCUAGCAAUUCCGCUCCAGCCAUUACCACAAGCCCAUCCUCCCCAGCCAUUACCACAAGCCCAUCCUCCCCAGCCAUUACCAAGCCCAUUAUCACACUGUUUGUAACUGAUGUCUGUUUGUUUAGUCUUUUUAGAAUUGUAAUUUUACUAUAACAUCAAAGGAGCCAGUCACUGACCUUUUUUCAGUAUGUUUGCUGCACAAGGUGUUGCUAAGCAAGUUAGAACAGUGUUGCUGUGGUGGAGACUACAGAUCAGCAAAGAUCUGAGUGAUGAACAACAUACCUGGGUUCAAAUAGUAUCGGUUUUCCUUUAACUACUUCAGUUGAUUAAGCUUGCCCGGCACAAUGGAACAAAAGGAAAAGUGCCAACCCGUCCAUCUUUCACGCCUUCAGGCUCAAGCGCUUAAAGUAUUUGAAAGCAAAUACUAUUUGAACCCAGGUCUGAUGAACAAAGAGAUUUGGGUACAUUUUAUUGUAACGUAAUCUGUCAAAUAGAACACCAGUCCGGCAUUGCAUUGUGUUUGAUGAUGAUCUAUGUUUUUCUAGUUGUUUUAAGAAGGUCCAAAACAGUCCUGCAGCUAAACUCGAGUCCCCUGGAAUGUAAUUAUUGUUAGAUAUAUUGAUUAUCAGAGAACAAUGUAUAGUAUGUACAAAUCUGAGACUGGAAACUGGAUGUCAUCACAUGUAAUACUAUAAAUCAGUAUUAUUUUGGAUGAGCUUUAUAUAUUUUGUGAAGCCCACUUGAUGUGGCAAACUGCGACAGUCCACCCAAUAAAACAGCUCUUCUCUCAACAGCAA